GUUUUAAUUAUCCAAGAUUUUAAUCUGUGUAAAUCCUAGAAAUGUUGCACUCAUAAGUUAUCCGACACUAGUGCGAUUAGCUGACCACGAUCCUAGAUGUCACAACUGAGAUACUGCUCGAAUGAUACUGUAUACGUAAGUAAACCUGAGAACAGGAACAAAUUCUCUUUAUAAGGUGUAUUGCAAAUGUUAUUGCAGGUGAAUGCUCCACUUUUUCUGUUACUUAGAAUUUUCUUAUCGGCAGGUGUGCGCUUUGACCGUCAACCUGCCUGAGAAAAAGUCUACGUUCCCACGAGAGUUUAUGAUAACGUUAACAUUUUCUCGUAAGUGUAAACCUGAGAACAGAAACGGAUUCCCUUUCAUAAAAAGAUGGAAAGAUGUGGACUUUGACUGUCAACCCGUCUGAGCAAAGUUUACGUUCCCGCGGGAGAGUUUAUGCUAACGUUAACAAAAUAUUCUCGGUAUAUACCCGUACAUGUCUUACAUGAAUCAGUUUAGAGUUCGAUGCAAAUCGCUAUCAUGUCGGCGGCAAAACGUGUAAAAUUAUCUACGAAAAAGAGUGCACCAAAAGCGAGUGGUAGUUCUUCAACAACGACAGUACCGAAAAAUACAAAAACUGCCGAAAAACCUCUUCCGCAAGAAGCUAUCAUUAAUUUAGUGGACGAGGAUGGUCCAACUGAGAGAAUAACAACAACAACGACUCAUCUAAGAAACAGCGCGUUUAAUACCUUGGAUGAGUUGCUGGAUCAGUUGGAUGGAAACAUCCACCACGUGUACGCUCCCCAAAGAGUGGACAACAACAUAAAAGGCACCGUCAAUAACAUGCAACAUUAUCAAACCACCACCAGCCUACAGCCGGCUCAAACAGCACCGCAAUCGACAAGUUACCAGUUACAAGUGGACAACAACAUAAAAGGUACCAUCAAUAACAUGCAACAUUAUCAAACCACCACCAGCCUACAGCCUGCUCAAACAGCACCGCAAUCGACAAGUUACCAGUUACAUAUUCCAGAGGGGACCGCCCGUGUGCUACAACAUAUUAUAAUACCACCGCCACCACCACCGGCAGAGCCGCAACUACAAGGAGCACAACAACAGACGAGUACCGUCGGUCAAUCUCAGCAUGCACAAAAGGACAUGAAGCUUCUGAGGGAGGUGUUCGAACAAAGCUUCUAUGAGACGAUCUCCCAGCCUCCUUCAGAAACUGGAGAAAUAAUUCCACCGAUCCAACUUCCAACAGCCGUCGUUCCCUCAUGGAUUGAACCUGCAACACCCCGUGAAUUGGCGAAGGCGUCGCUUGCAUGGUUGCAACAGAAGGCUCCUGAAUACAUGCAGCGGUACGAAGACGCGCAAAAGGCAACGAGGAGGCUGGAAGAGGAGCUCGAUGCAGCGCGCCUCACCGAACGACGGCUGGGCGAAGAAAUGACUUAUAUGAACAAAUUUAUUAAUUUUUUGAAAUAACAAAUUGUAAAUAAUAAAUGUAGU